AUUAUUUUUUCCACAAGCAUUUACCUAUAAAAUCUUUCUAUUUAUAUUUGUCUGCGUAUGACUGAGAGUAAGAAAAUAUUGAAGGUCAGAAGAAUGAGUGAGAAAAAGAGGAAGCAACAUUUUGUACUAGUACAUGGUUCGUGCCAUGGCGCAUGGUGCUGGUACAAGGUUAAGCCGCUGCUAGAGGCGUUGGGCCAUCGCGUAACCGCUGUGGACUUAGCUGCUUCUGGUAUAGACACAACCAGGUCGAUCACUGACAUCCCUACAUGCGAACAAUACUCGGAGCCAUUGUCGAAGCUGCUAACCUCAUUGCCAAAUGAUGAGAAGGUUGUGCUCGUUGGUCAUAGCUCUGGUGGCUUGAACUUAGCCAUAGCCAUGGAAAAGUUUCCCGACAAAAUCUCUGUCGCUGUAUUCUUGACUGCUUUCAUGCCCGACACCGAACACUCACCAUCCUUCGUCUUGGACAAGUUUGGAAGCAACAUGCCACCAGAAGCAUGGAUGGGCACGGAAUUCGAACCAUACGGUUCAGAUAAUUCUGGACUGAGUAUGUUCUUUAGCCAUGAGUUCAUGAAGGUCGGUCUCUACCAGCUUUCUCCAGUUGAGGAUCUUGAACUGGGAUUACUUUUAAAGAGGCCAGGAUCGUUAUUUAUUAACGAUUUAUCGAAGAUGAAGAACUUCUCAGAUGAAGGAUAUGGAUCUGUUCAUCGAGCUUUCAUAGUGUGCAAAGAGGACAAAGCAAUUCCAGAAGAACACCAAAGAUGGAUGAUUGAUAAUUUUCCGGUGAAUUUAGUGAUUGAAAUGGAAGAGACAGAUCAUAUGCCAAUGUUCUGCAAGCCUCAGCAACUCUGCGAUCACUUCCUGGAAAUCGCUGAAAAUUUUGUUUAAUCAAUCUUCUUGAAAAUGUAUUGGAUUUGAUAUAAUAAGGGUUUGUUGCAAAUGAAUAGUAACGAAUGUUUUUAAAUUUCCAGUCUAUGUUACAAGAAUUCUGUAUAAGACUUUGUAAUAACUCUUUUGAAUUUAAUAAAAUUUGUUUCGCUGAAAACAAAAGGAAAAAAAAAAAAAA